ACGUUCUGUCAAACUUAUUAGUCAUUCUAUUGUAGGGGUUGUGUAGAUGAGAAUUUUAGGAAAAAAGUGGAAAUUAUUCUGUGCAUAUUUUAAAUUUUCUUUAGUAAAACUGUUCGUUUAUUGCUAGGCAAGUUCGUUUCUGUGGACCGUUGACGUUGUGCAGUUUACAGUGAAAGUCGGAUACUUGCCAACCCUAAUCUACCGAAGCGAUGGAUAGUAAAGGUAGAAAUGUAAUUGUUUGCGAUAAUGGAACCGGGUUUGUCAAAUGUGGUUACGCCGGGAGUAAUUUCCCGGCACAUAUUUUCCCGUCGAUGGUUGGCAGGCCAAUAAUACGAGCAGUGAACAAAAUUGGGGAUAUUGAAGUAAAGGAUUUACAUGUCGAUGAUCUCAUGGUUGGUGAUGAAGCGUCACAGUUGCGUUCCUUGCUGGAGGUGUCGUACCCGAUGGAGAAUGGCGUGGUACGAAACUGGGAGGACAUGUGUCACGUGUGGGAUUACACGUUUGGACCAAAGAAAAUGAACAUUGACCCAACGAAUACGAAAAUCUUGCUCACAGAACCGCCAAUGAAUCCUACCAAAAACAGGGAGAAAAUGAUCGAAGUUAUGUUCGAGAAGUACGGCUUCGAUUCAACCUAUAUAGCGAUCCAGGCUGUGUUGACUUUGUACGCGCAGGGUUUAAUCAGCGGUGUGGUAAUUGAUUCGGGUGAUGGCGUAACUCAUAUCUGUCCGGUUUACGAGGAGUUUGCAUUGCCGCAUCUCACACGACGUCUUGAUAUCGCUGGUCGUGAUAUCACAAGAUAUUUGAUUAAACUUUUGUUGCUCCGUGGGUAUGCUUUCAAUCAUUCCGCUGACUUUGAAACAGUUCGUAUGAUGAAGGAGAAAUUAUGCUACAUAGGAUAUGACAUUGAGAUGGAACAACGACUUGCAUUAGAAACCACGGUUCUAGUUGAAUCGUACACUCUUCCCGAUGGUCGAGUUAUAAAGGUCGGUGGUGAGCGAUUUGAAGCACCCGAAGCACUCUUCCAGCCACAUUUGAUAAAUGUGGAGGGUCAAGGUAUUGCCGAGUUAGUAUUUUCUACCAUCCAAGCGGCAGAUAUCGAUAUGCGCUCAGAACUGUACAAACAUAUUGUUCUGUCGGGCGGUUCAACGAUGUAUCCCGGAUUGCCUAGUCGUUUGGAGCGUGAAAUCAAACAGUUGUAUUUGGAGCGAGUGUUGAAAAAUGAUAGUGAAAAACUGUCAAAGUUUAAAAUCCGUAUUGAGGAUCCACCCAGGCGGAAAGAUAUGGUUUUCAUCGGUGGAGCAGUAUUAGCAGAGGUUACUAAGGAUCGAGAUGCUUUCUGGAUGUCCAAAGCUGAGUACCAAGAGCAGGGCUUGAAUGUGCUGAAAAAGCUGAGUGCUAGAACGAACAAUUAAGUCGUAAGUUUUCAUAAUGUUUAUAUGAUCGCGGCGCAUGUUGCCUUUGUUUUAGAGUUUGGACAACUAGCUAGCUGCAUUUGAGCCAAGCACACAAUUGUGGUUAAUCCUCUGUGUUAGAACAAAACGUUCUAAAAAUAAAAAAAAUAAAUUAAAACGCAUUUAUCGAACUGAUUAAACAAUCGUGUAAAAAGGUUGUCUGUAAUGAUAUAGAAGCAACUAUAAAUGUAGUGUAUGUUGCAGUAUUCCAUUGAGGGACUCAAAUGCGGGGUUGCAUGAUUCUGAAUGGAUUGCUUUUGAGUGUUAAACAAAGAUUUAUGUACAGAUUGAGGCAGUAGCAAACCUUGGAUCAACACAGCAAUUAUUAUAGGCAAUUAUAAUAAUUUUACUAUGGUUCUACAAUAUUCAUUUUGUUUAGUUUAAUGUCUGUUCCAUUAUAACAUUCGAUUCAUUUUCUGCCCUAUUAUA